AAGCCAUAGUCAGCUUAAGUUCAUUACUUCACCCAGCCUCUCUCUCUCUCUCUCUCUCUUACUUCUGUGACUAACUCAUCACCGGUGCCCUAACCUCCUUCACUGCUGAACGGAGAGAACGAAUACCGUUUGCCUUCAUUACCACCUGCGCUUCACUCAUUGCUACUCACAGAUUUUUGUCUCAGUCCUAUGGAUCCAUCGAUUCUCAAUAGCGAAGCUGCUGCCCCCAGAAAGAGGAGAUUCAUACCAAAAGCACCCCCUCGCCGGGUACCAAAACCUGAAGUUAAAACCGAAGUAGUCGAGGACUCUGAUGCUGACCAGGCUAGGGAUUUGUUGAGACGUUUCAAUGAAAAUUCAACCAGGGCAAGGCCUAAAGUUGAAAAGAAAGUGACAGCUUCGCGAAUUGCAUUUGGUUAUGGUGGUGCAUCAACUACCAUUAAAUCAUAUGGUGCUCCUAGGGGUGGUAGUAAUAGUCAUCAAGGUUCAGCUUCCAGUGGUGGGGCAUUUCCGCCGGGUAAUAUAGAGGAGAAAGAGUACAAAGAGCCAUGGGACUACUACAGCUAUUACCCUGCAACUCUUCCUUUGAGGAGGCCGUAUUCUGGAAAUCCCGAAUUUCUUGAUGAGGAGGAAUUUGGGGAAGAUCCUGAAACUAUUCACUAUGAAGAAAGAUUAGAAAGAUCAGCAAUGGAACUUGGUCUAAUGGAGGAGAAUCCAGAAACUAGUAUGCUCUUUCUUCAGUUGCCACCAACUAUGCCUCUGAUGAAACAAUUAGUUACCAAUGAUGGCCAACCAGUAAACGAAAGCUCACGGGCACCUAUGGCUGCGAACACUGUCAAGAAGUGUUGUGCAUUGAACGAGAUACCUGCAGGCUUGGUGGGUAAAUUGCUUGUAUACAGAAGUGGUGCCAUCAAGCUAAAGAUUGGUGAUACUCUUUAUGAUGUCUCCUCAGGUAUGGAUUGUGUGUUUUCUCAGGAUGUUGUGGCUAUCAAUCACGCGGAGAAGCACUGCUGCAUUGUUGGGGAGCUCAACAAGCGAGCCGUUGUAACCCCUGACAUAAAAUCCAUUUUAGAUAGUAUAGAAGAUUUGUGAUUGUUGUUGAUCAUUUCCAACACAAUUUUGAUUUAUAGAUGAUUUAUUCAUAAGUUUUCUUUUAAAUGAAAAAUAUAGGAAUUCAAAUAACUUGAGCUUUCAUUUCGUUUGAAAGAGAGAAUAUAGAUGAGAGAUUCCAAUGUAAAGCCCAAAUGGUUUUCAUUCAAAAUGUAUUUGCUGGUCAAAUUUAUUCCAUUAUUUAUGUCCUUUUUAGUAAA